CUUACAUAUCAAAUAUAUUUUAUUCAUUCUAUAAACUAAAAGAAAAAAUCCUUUCUCUCAUCUCCCUUUCUGUUGCUUACCAUUUUUUCAAAACUGUCUUUGAAGUGAUGAUAUGGACAGGUUUUCUCUCCUGCUUUUUGUUUUAUCUUUUAGAAAUCCAAAUUUUCAUAUCUCGUAGAAUAGUAAUCUCUUAUUUAUUAACCUUAUGGAAAUGAGUUUUUGUCCCUCGUAGACUUGUUGAGUGUGAAUACAAAGGUGGUGUUUUCGCAUUAAACCUUUUUUUUUUGCUGUGAAAAAUGUUCUACUUUUGAUAGGGUAAAUGGGAGGUUCAAGGCCCAUCAUAAUAGAAAUCUUCUUCUUUUUUUAUCAUAUGGAUGCUCCUCCCCUCUAAUCACUCAUUUUAUCAUUCUCAUUUUUUAUAUUUACCGCUAAUGCAAGAAUCUCAUCUUCCAGCUUCUGGUCAGAGGCUUGACCAUUUGUAUAUGCGCUUCUCCCAUGUCCCGUAUAAACCAAAAUUCUCAAGGUUCUAGAGAUUUUCUAUACCGACAUGGCGAAAGCGUAAACAAGAACAGUCAAGCAUCUGACCAGGAGUUGAAAAUGGAAUCUUGAGUUAGAAGCGAAUGUAAAGACAUGAAAUGAAGUGAGAGUGAUCAAAGGCGACCAAAAUCCAAUGUUAUGUACUUAUGACUAGACAAUUUUUAAUUUUGUAGAUGAAUGAAUACAUGUUUGAUAUUUGAAUACCCAAGUUAGACCUAAACUAAUCGUCUAAUCCAAUGAAACUUUUUGAUUUUUUUUGGUAUUGGUAAGAAUGUUUAAUAAGAUGAAAAUAUGUA